CGGGCCUUCUGUAUUGGCGGGGCACUCCAUAACUUGGUCGGUUAGAUAGGAGGCCGGUGCUGCCGCGGCGGGUGCGCCCUGGUCGGAGGUACAGAUGAUCGGCAUCAGAUGACAUUGCGGGGCACCCCGGACCGCCGUCCUCGUCCAGCGACAGGAGUUGGCUCGCGCCAUAUGAAUAUGAACCUUCUGCGACAUAUCCUCAGAUAUUCCCCUCGCACCUUUUCACUCCGCCGCCACUAUUCCGCCAUGUCUUCGCUCAAGCAAGGAGAGUUUGUCGGAUCGCUCGACUGCGGUACCACGUCGACGCGCUUCUUGAUCUUCAACCAGUACGCGGACAUCGUCGCGCAGCACCAGAUCGAGUACCCGCAGUAUUACCCCGAGCCUGGCUGGCAUGAGCAGGAUGCGGACGAGAUCAUGGAGAGCUGCGACACCUGCAUUACCGAGGCCUGCAAGGCCCUGGAGGCUUCCGGCUGGGCGAAGGAGAGCGUGAAGGUCAUCGGCAUCACAAACCAGCGCGAAACCGCGGUCGCAUGGAGUCGCAAGACCGGCAAGCCGCUCUGUCGUGCGAUCGUGUGGACCGACUCUCGGACGAAGAACACUGUCGCCCACUUUGCGAACAAGCUGAGCUAUGUUGGCCUCGAGGUCAAGCCCGGUCUCCGCAAGAAGGGCAAGGAGGGCGAGAAGGCACUCAAGGAGCUCACUGGUCUUCAGCUUUCCACGUACUUCUCUGCCAUCAAACUGCGCUGGAUGAUCGACCACUAUGAGCAUGUCAGGAAGGCUCACGAAGAGGAUGACCUCCUGUUCGGCACGGUCGAGUCCUGGAUCGUCUACCGCCUGACCGGUGGUCUCCACGUCACCGAAGUCACGAACGCGUCCCGCACCCUCCUGAUGAACCUGCGCACGCUUGAGUGGGAGCCGAUCAUGCUCGACUUCUUGGAGAUCAAGCCCUCAGUCCUCCCGAAGAUCGCGUCGUCUUCCGAGGUGUACGGCGAGAUCUCGUACGGUGCCUUGAAGGGCGUGAAGAUUGGCGGUCUCGUCGGCGACCAGCAGGGCGCACUUGUCGGUAACAAGUGCUUGAAGCAGGGUGAGGCGAAGUGCACAUACGGCACUGGUGCAUUCCUCCUGUUCUGCACGGGCGAAGACAUCGUCUCGAGUGCCCAUGGUCUCUUGAGCACUGUUGCGUACCAAGACGGUAAGAACGGCAAGCCGGUGUACGCGUUGGAGGGUUCCAUCGCUGUCGCUGGAAGUGCCAUCAAAUGGCUCCGUGACUCCAUGGGGUUGAUCAAGUCAGCGGCCGAUAUCAACACCCUCGCAGACUCGGUCAAGCGCACCGGUGGCGUGUACUUCGUCCCUGCCUUCUCCGGUCUGCUCGCACCCUACUGGGACCCCGGAGCAGGCGGGCUUCUCAUCGGUCUGUCUGCGUACACUACCCCGGGGCACAUCUGCCGGGCGACGCUGGAGGCGAACGCGUUCCAGACGCGCGAGAUCCUGGAGAGCAUGAAGCUCGACUCGAAGACGGACCUGAAGCACCUCAUGGUCGACGGCGGCAUGACGAACGGCGACACGGCGAUGCAGGUGCUCGCCGACAUCGGCGGCUUCACCGUCGUCCGGCCCGAGAUGAGAGAAUCGACGGCGCUCGGAUCCGCGCUUUUGGCGGGCUCUGCGAUCCGCUUCUGCGGGUGGGACAUCAGCAAGCCGGAGACCCUGUCCGAGGUCAACACGAAGGGCACCCGGGAGUUCAAUUCGGUAGUGGAUGAGACGUUCCGGGAGAAGAAGUGGUUGGGCUGGAAGCGCGCCGUGGAGCGGUCUCUCCGAUGGGAGGAGGGCGUCGAUGAGUAAAGAAGACUGUUAUCCCCUACCACGCGAUACCACACAAGCAGUAGUAAAUCUGUAUCAUAGCGUCCAUGUAUAGCGUCCAGUAUGUAUAAUGUAUCCUUAUUUCGGGCGUA